AUGGAUUGCAUCAUUCGUGCCUACUUGAACAAGCCUUAUGAGGAGAUUUCAAAAGCAGAACGAGACGCCAUUCAUAACGUCCUAAAACAAGGCCGACAGUUAUGGACCCUUGCCGGUGCGAACGGUAUGGAAAUUGUGCUCACAUGUGAUGACCUCUUGAUGUCUAAGAUUAAAAAUAACACCAUUCAUAAUACAAGAAUCAAUGCUCUUGCGAGACAGGGUAUUUACCGCUCCGAAACCGUAAAAUUGCUCCAUUCGUUGACCUCCGAGGUCACAUCCCUGAUGUUUGGGCAAAUUCACGUGGGCCUGGCAGCAGCAAUUCACCCAUCCGGAAGCGGCGUUCUAGGGUCGGCUGCACUAUCGGAUAUUUUUAAAAAGGAUGAAGCUACCUUAACUCAUCAAGAAAUGACCGAAGAUUGGCAGCUUAUUGAUUUGAAGAGUCUCGCAUCCAAGAAAAAGGCAGAGACUCUCGUUAAUGAACCUGAGACAAGAUCUGCAGAUCCUAUUCAAGGCUUCGACACAUUCGCUGCCUUUCCGUUGGACCGAAAUGAUCCAGGUGAUGGCGGCAUGGCCACACCCCCAUUUGACGAUAUUCAUCUUGGAGAAAGCACUGACAUUCCUACGUGGGAAAGCCUUCUCAACAAUGAGGAUUUGGGUCUUUUCUCUAUGAAUAGUCUGCAGCUCGGGGAGCAGUCAUGA